UGCUACUCUGAUUUUGUUGUUCAUGCCAUUGAUUCAUGCUCUGCCAACUGCAACAGACCCGGAGCGGGUCCACUUCCACAGCCCGGGACUAUGCCAGAGAUGGAGAACGGUAGACCGCCAGAAAGUAAACGCAGCAGGAAACCCGCGCACCCCGUGAAGAGGGAGAUCAACCAGGAGAUGAAGACGUUCGCGGAAAGCACCAUGAAUGAGCUCCUGGGAUGGUACGGCUACGACAAAGUGGACCUCAGAGACUCCGAGGCCAACGAGAUCCGGAACUACAGGGAGAGGCGCCAGCAUGUGUCUGUGUUAAAAGAAAACUCCUUGCCAAAACCGAAGACUGCGCAGGGCAAAGUCAGUCACUCGGUCAUUGCGAUGAAGAGCGGCGAGAGGGAUUCGUCCAGCGUCCCUUCGUCUUCGCCUUCCUCUUCGUCGACAAGCACGUCCACGCCCAAGGAGCACAAGAGUGCGCCUGUCAUCGUCCCGCUCAUAAAGCCAUCAGCAGUGGACGACGUGCAGAAUGUGCAGAUAGUGUGCGUUUGGUGCCAGAAGGAAGGCGUCAAGCGCUACUCUCUAUGCAUGGGCUCCGAGCUCAAGAGCUUCUGCAGCGAGAAGUGUUUCGCCGCCUGCAGACGGGCCUACUUCAAGCGCAAUAAGGCCAGAGAUGAAGACCUCCACGGCGAGAGAUCCCCCGCACACCCGCACACGGAGGACUCACCCAGGCUGGUGAUGAAGAUGAACAGCAAUGUCCGAUCUCUCUCUCCUGUAAUGCAGGUGUGCGAUUGGUGCAAGCAUGUCCGACAUACCAAAGAAUACCUGGAUUUCGGAUCUGGCGAAGAGCGACUCCAGUUCUGCAGCACAAAAUGUCUCAAUCAGUACAAGAUGGAUGUUUUUUACAGAGAAGCUCGCGCCGCUCUUACCUGUUCCAGCCCGGCUAGAGCUAGCUCGGAGGGGAGGCCGGACACCAGUAUUGCCGGACAAAAGCUUCUCACUCCAGAGUCUUGGAAUAACAGCAGUAGCACAGGGGAUGCACAUCAUAGAAACCUCUCCAAUAAGGACUUACCAGAAUCAUCCUCCAUCUCCCCAUCAGAGUCAUUAUUGUCUUCAUCUAAUCCUCCAGUCUCUGGCCAAAGGACUGUGGACAGGCCCAUCCAACCACUUCCUCAAGCUGUAGCAGUGUCGCCUCACCCUACUCUUAUCCCAUCUCCACAUCCACACCACCCUUUAGAUCAUCAGCCGAUUCCUCAAAUGCCAAUGUCCUUUAUCAGACCUCCUCUUCAUGCCCAGGGUCUCAGAAGCCCCUUUGCCCACCAUCCAAGACAACCAGGCCCCUCUUCAAGCCCAAUUCACAGACCUCCACACUCUCCUCACCUUCAUCCUCCCACCUCCACCUCUAUGAAUCCACCAGGACUGAUGCAUCCCUUCCCUAGACCCUAUUUCCCUGGCUUCCACUCCCCUCCGGUGAACAUGUUACCCAGAGGCCCUGUCCCAAUGCCUCCCAUGAUGAACUUUGGCAUUCCCUCGUUUAGUCCACUCCUUCCACAACCCACUGUCCUGGUUCCUUACCCCAUUAUUGUUCCUCUACCGAUCCCAAUACCCAUUCCAAUCCCUGUUCCAAUGCCUCCCAAAACUAAUCAUGAAACUCCAAAUCACAGCGGCGUUAUACAGCCUGUCCCAGACGGAACAGAAAGAUGUAGAUCCAUACCUUUCAGGGUUCCAUCUCCUGGAGUAUCUGAAGGGAACGCCCACUCGUUACACCACAAAAUGGGUGGAAACUUGUCACAUGGUGACCCCAAUUUCAAGGACCUGAGUUGGGUUAAAUCAGAAAGGCCAUUCCCAUCCCCAACAUCCACAUGCCACAGUGGGACAUCGUCCCCCAGAGCGCAGUACAACACAUCCCCCUGCUCAACGCGCAGCUCGGAAGGACUGAUAGACUACAAACAACAACAGCAACAGUCAGAACGACAAGUUAUACAAAGGGUACUACAAAGAACCCAAGUGAAGCUGGAACCUAAUUCCAGGGGAUUACAGGACUUCUCAGGGUUAGAGGAGUCACAUACUGUUCAGAGUAUCAAGUCAGGGUUCCAUGACAUCAUUCGACCCCCUCAAUCUCCUUCACAUGACACCGUAAUCCAAAAUAAGGACUCUCAUGUGUCACCUCCACCAAGCCCUACAGUUAAUAUCCACCCGUAUGAUGGCAUGUCUUCUGUCCUAAAAUCUCAGAACCAAGGUCCAAAUGGGAUGUCCUCUGUACAAUCCACUGCAAGUUUAGACUCACUCUUACCCCAAAGAGUACCAGCAUCCCCAACAGAUCCUGCACUGACUGAGCAGGAAUCUAUAAAAGAAAAUAAGUGCUCUGUUGUCAACCCUGCACGAGUUGAGGGUCCAAUCAGUCAGUUAGAAGAAUCUUUAGUUACGAAUGCUGGAGAAGACCCCCAUUUCCCAGAUGAGGACCAUGCCUACGCCCUACCCACCGCACCAAAGACAGGCGGGAGUCCCACUCCGCUGCUCUUGCCUAAACUCAGGGACAAGGGUGGCUUGCGAGGCUCCGCUAAUACACCCAGUUCUGGUGACAUGGAGCCAGCCCUAAAGAGGAGAUGCCUACGAAUCCGUGAUCAAAACAAAUAACAGACUGAGCAGCCCUGUUCGACACAGCAUGGCAGUGCCAGAUUCAGUACCACGCCCUCUUGUGGACGACGCCAGUGCUAACACCUUCCCCGCCCUGCUCCCAACAGCCCACCAGUGUGCGGACCAGCAGGGUGCCAAAGCCGGAUGCAUCCCACACAAGUCUCCUUGGACCAAAACAAGUGGCGUGUCCAAGGACUGUUUGAUACAGACCGUCCCUUGAAGUGUGCCCAGAUGCCCUCAUCGUGGUCUUCCUCCUCCUCCUUGCUCCACACUGAUCAGCCCUGUGUGGUCUUCUCAGAUGGAGCCCGAACAUGAUCUCUUUCCAGGGGAAACGGCUUGUUUUCUCUGCCCAGCUUGCACAAAGAGCCACAUUGUUCCUCUCCCCUCGUAUACCACACGGACUCCCCACUUGAGGUUUUGGGUUACCUGGCCGACGGGGCUCAGACUUCAGGAGGAGGAGGUUUUUAUUUUUUUGACCGACAGCUAGGAAUAUAGGAUUCGCUUCUCCUCUCCAUCUCCCCUGCCCAAUCUAAAUACACUCGGGUUCUGAGGUUUGAGUUCCUCACUAUCCACUAGGCUUGUUCAGGGAUGGAUGAGAUGUAACAAAAAAAGGGCUUUUUGGUUAAGACUGAUGACUGAGCAGUUUAUGACUAGAUGUUAAAUAAUGUAUAAUAACAGAGAUUAUAAGACAGACUGACCUACUGAUCACUUUAGUGGUCCUGAUGAUGCAUUCAUUCAACAUUUGGAUAGGAAAUCAUAUUUCUAGAAGGGAGGGGCAUUUGAAUACAUUUCCUUGAUCAGCUAUGGAAAAAAAACUAUUAACCGACUACUACAUUGACCUAAAUAUUAGACCAGGCCUGGGCAAUUAAGAUACAGUCUGGUGUGCCGUGGGAGAUUAUGUCAUUUCACCUAAUUGGGUAAAAAAUAUUUUUUUGCAAACCAGUAAAUGUGCCGUUGUUGAGUGUCUGUACUGUCUAGAGCAGGGGUCACCAACCUUUUUGAAACCAAGAGCUACUUCUUGGGUACUGAUUAAUGCGAAGGGCUACCAGUUUGAUACACACUUAAAUAAAUUGCCAGAAAUAGCCAAUUUGCUCAAUUUACCUUUAACUCUAUGUUAUUAUUAAUAAUGAAUUACACUUAAUUGAACGGUUUAAAAGAGGAGAAAACACGAAACAAAUGACAAUUAAAUUUUGAAACAUAGUUUAUCUUCAAUUUCGACUCUUUAAAAUUCCAAAUUCUACCGAAAAAAAAGAAGAGAAAAACUAGCUAAUUCGAAUCUUUUUGAAAAAAUUAAUAAAAGAAUUUAUGGAACAUCAUUAGUAAUUUUUCCUGAUUAAUAUUAAUUUUAGAAUUUUGAUGACAUGUUUUAAAUAGGUGAAAAUCCAAUCUGCACUUUGU